UGAUUAGGUGGAAACGGGCAAAAGAGGGACAUCAGGUCACUGAGCUCCCCAGGUGCUCGGCCUCCCGCCCCCGACUUCAUUUGGUGACAAACCAGAAACUGAAACUUAGUCUGAGGAUUCCCAGUUUAGAGUCAGAGAUGAGUCACUGCUAAGAGCAACUGCAGUAGCUGAGAAGUGGCACAAGAGAGGCAGGCGUGAGCUGAGGGCACGGGAAGCAAGCAGCGCAUCUGAGGGUCCCGUGGAGCAUGGCGAGGGGUUUUGAGGCGGUGGCCAUGGACUGCGAGAUGGUGGGGCUGGGUCCCAGCCGGGAGAGCGGCCUGGCUCGCUGCAGCCUCGUGGAUGCCCGCGGUGCUGUGAUCUAUGACAAGUUCAUCCGGCCUGAGGGCGAGAUCACCGACUACAGAACCCUGGUCAGCGGGGUCAGGCCUCAGCACAUGGAGGGGGCCACGCCUUUUGCCGUGGCCAGGCUGGAGAUCCUACAGCUCCUGAAAGGCAAGCUGGUGGUGGGCCACGACCUGAAGCACGACUUCAAGGCACUGAAAGAGGACAUGAGCAGGUACAGCAUCUAUGACACAUCCACGGACAUGCUGCUGAGGCGCCAGGCCAACCUGGGCCAUUGCAGGCGAGUCUCCCUCCGGGUGCUGAGUGAGCGCCUCCUCAAGAGGUGCAUCCAGGUCCCAGACCAGGAAGCAGAGGCAGAUGUUACUGUGGACCCAAACAUGGAUGCAGACAUUGACACAGCUGUGGCCCCAGCAAUGGACAAAGCUAUGGAACCAACUAUGGACCCAGCUGUGGACUCAGCCAUGACCCAGCUGUGGACCCAGCUGUGGACUCAGCCAUGACCCAGCUAUGGACCCAGCCAUGACCUAGCUGUGGACUCAGCUAUGACCCAGCUAUGGACCCAGCUGUGGGCCCAGCCAUGACCUUGCUGUGGACUCAGCCAUGACCCAGCUGUGGACCCAGCUGUGGACUCAGCCAUGGCCCAGCUAUGGACCCAGCUGUGGGCCCAGCCAUGACCUUGCUGUGGACUCAGCCAUGACCCAGCUGUGGACCCAGCAGUGGACUCAGCCAUGACCCAGCUGUGGACCCAGCCAUGACCCAGCUGUGGACCCUGGAUCUGCCUCUCUUUUACUUGGGGCUUCUGUUUCUUCUUCCAUUGUUUAGGGUCAGCCCUUUCACCUCCCAGUUGAGAGGUCUUUGAGCUGAUUAAAGGACAAAUGAGCUACCCAAACACUACGGGAGAAUUAUGGCUGCUGAGCUGGGCUCUUCAGAAGUGGAAAGUCAAGAAUGCAUAAGAGCAAGGAAGUCUGGGAGGCUUCGGACUUUGGAGCCACAUGUAAGCAAUUUGUGUUUUUAAAAAGAAUCACUGGAGAGUUUUACAACUGGUAAGUGAAUAAGGAAACACAUUGAUGAAAGAGAAAUACGUUUACAGCCAAGCAAAGACUGGGGAGAGGGUGGGUCUGUCUAAUCAGGAAGGAUUUAACCAAUAAACCCAGCAGGCCAAGAGGAAAACGAGCAUGAUGGGCAGUACAGAAGUGAGGGAGGUCAGUUUACACCUGAAAGGCUAGACCUGCAAGUCUGGCACAAUCUAGAGACACAGGGAAGAGGAGGGACUGGGGGGAGCCAGAGGUCUCUGCCACCAUCUGCCCUCACUCUGUAGAUAAUGAAACUGGCUGGCCGAGUGGAGAGGUGUCCUCCUAGGGAUAGCAUGGUAAGUUUGCAGCAGACCUGGGAUGGACGUGGUGUAAUCCCUGCCCCAAGGAUGCUGCUCCCACAAUUGUAACAAGCACAGGAGAGCAGUGGAAAGACAGUGGCCUGGAAGCCAGGACGCCUAGGUCCUAUCCUUGAGUCUGGAGGCCCUGGUGGUUCAGUGGUAGAACUCUCCCCUUCCAUACAGAAGGCCUGGAGCAACUCCCGGCCAGUGCACCUCAAACGAAGCCACCACCUGACUGCCUGUCAGUGGAGGCCUGCAUGUUGCUACGAUGCUCAACAGGUUUCAGCAGAGCUUCCAGACUAAGACAGGUUAGGAAGAAAGGCCUGGUCAUCUGCUUCCAAAAGCCAGCCAGUAAAAACCCGAUGGCUCACAACAGUUUAAUCCACAACCAACCACAGGAAUGGUGCUGGACUGAGUAGUGUUUCGUUCCGUUUUGCAUGGGGUUGCCAUGAGUUGAGGGUGGACAAAGCAAGCAAAUCCUUGACUCUGCUACUCAUGGGAUGACUCCGGAUGAGUCACGUCAGCUCUGUGGGGUCCAGAUGCACCUUCUGUAACACAGGAGAGCCGGACUAAGCGGGGCCUUUUAAACUUUCUUUCGAGCUCUAAAGCAAGGGGGCAGGGCACUGAGAGCUCUGGCCUUGGAGCUAUGGCAAAGGACCUUUUUAUCCCCACUAGCAGGAAAGGAUGGCGCAGCCACCUUCGUGACCCACACGGGCUUGGACAGCAAACUCCUCGGGGUGAUUGUGAUGAGCCCGUCUCUCAGAUAGUUUUCCUAAAGCAGAGAGGAUAUUCUGAGAUGGAAUUUCUCAUCAUCCUGGGAACCGAGGUCUCGAGAUGACGUUCAAUUUUAUUUAGAAAAUAUAAAAAUAUGAGAUUCCUUGCACCUGGACUUAUGGAAUAAAAUGAACACUUUCUUCCUGAGAUUUGGCUGCCAUGGGGACUUCCUCCAUGAGCCCUCCCCAUCCACCUACCUCUCCAACCCCAAUUUUUAUGUGAAAAUGAAAAAUUAAAAAUUUCUAUUGGUAACAAAAUCUAUUAUUUAUCUCACUUAGUGUGAAUGUUCAAAUGUUCAGUUGUG